AUGGCGCCGACCGAUGCGCUGUCGGCGCCGGGGACGUCUUCAUAUGAAUCGGACACGAUGGUGGUUGGAGAUGGCACGUGGGAUUUCACCAAGAACACCUUUCUCCUCCCGAAUCUCAUGGGAUUGAAUUUUGAAACGAUGCGAUUCAAUGGCAUGGGCAAUCGCUUCUCAACAUUGACGCAAUACCAUUCAUUGGUCACUGCCCACGGCGUCCUCGCUGUGCUCACCUUCUUGUUCAUAAUCCCCAUCGCCAUCUUCAUGGCGAGGUUCUACCGGGGACGUACAGGGUUUGGAGUCAGGAUGCACGCCUACUUACAGAUCCUCGCCGUUGGCUUCACGACAGUCGUCUUCAUUUUGGGGUGGUUCGCCGUUGGUCCUAAUCGAAGUUUGACCAAUCCCCACCAUGGUAUCGGUGUCGCCAUCUACACCCUGAUUCUGGUGCAAGCCAUUGGGGGCCGCUUGAUACGACACAUUAGGAAACGUUCACUCAGGAUCAUGCUGCACCAAUGGAUGGGGCGCAUUGUCGCACUUCUGGGUAUUGCGCAGAUACCGCUUGGUCUGACACUAUAUGGGUCGCCCAAGUAUACUUUCAUCCUGUUUGCUGUGUGGAUGGCAAUCUUGGUGCUCCUCUACUUCGUCUUGCAAUAUCGCCAUGAAGGAUACCGGGAUGAAUUCUUGGUCCAUGGUGGAAGGUCUGAAGCAACACGAAGUCGGUACGAUGUUUCGGAGCAUACCGAGAAGAAAUCCAGCCAUGGUUGGCUCGGUCCAGUAGCUGCUGGCGCCGGUAUCUGGGCGUUGCUGCGCGGACAGAAGAACAGGAAGGAGCGAGAGCGCAGCAGGAGCAGGUCUCGUUCAGUCAGCCGAAGCCGAAGCAGGUCGCAUGUCCCCGAAGUCCUUCCGCCCCGGGAAGGAUCCAGGAUAGGGUCCAGAUCCCGGAGAGAUUCGGUGAGCUAUACGGAUGAGAAGUAUUCUGAAUCGCCACGCAAACGCGGCGGCAUCUUCAGCAAAAUUCUGGGCAUUGCCGGCGUAGUAGGAGCUGGAACUAUGGCCAAGAAAUAUGCCGAUCGCAGGGAAAGCCGAAGAUACGAAGGCGAUUCGGAGUAUACGUCUGUGGCGAAUGACACACCUAGCCGACACAGCAAACCGAAGCGAUACCCGAGACCACCACCCACCGAGAGCGCCUUCAGCGACGACUAUACGGAUCUCACAAGAGAUGAGAGGCACGGUCCGCUACUUCCUGGGCCGGGUGACCCUGUUGCCGCAGCUGCCGCUAUAAGUGCUGCCGAACCACGUCCAAUUAGACCAGUGACACCACAACGGCCCACUCACGCCAAACCACCCCUUUCAUCCAGAAUCGACAGCGAUUAUUCCAGUUACGAUUCUUAUGUAAGCCCGUCUAGGAGAACGGAACAGCCAAGUGGGAGCGGGGCCGGAAAAGGCCUUCUUGCUGGUCUGGGAAUCGGUUGGCUUGUCAAUAAGAUGAGAGGCCGAAAGGACAAGAAAGCAGAGGAGGAGCGAUUCAGGGUUGAGGAGAAGAGGCGUGAAAGCCGCCAUGAUCCUAGGUACGCCGGUGGUGCGUUCAUGUCUCCAACCCGGAAGCCCUCGCGUCGCCACCAGUCCCGAACCGGAGGAACUACAAUCACGACUGAUUCCGAGUUCUCUUCGGCCAUCGAACCGCGUCCUCCAGGUUCUGGAUAUGGGGGACCCCCGAUGCCGCCACUGGGUCCGGCAGGCGCGGGCUCUGUGCCUCCUAUAGUCCCCAUUCCGGUUCCGGGUCGUCGUUCGCGCUCCAGGUCUCAUUCGAGGCAUUCUAGGCAUUCAAGAUCUUAUUCAGGAUCGGGGUUGUCGAAGUUGGAAGUCAUUGAACCAGUUGAUAUGCCAUAUAUACCGCCCGAGCCCCAUGGCAUUCUCCAUCGUGACGAGUCGGGCAGUGAGAGCUACAUGUCGGCUGGUGGACACCCACACAGACGACACUCAUCAAGGCGCCAGCGAGCAGGAGAACAAGCAGCGGCCGAAGCAACGGCAACAGCAUCAGCCCUCGCGGCCGAGGAACAAUCGCGGCAGCGACGCGACCGCAGCCGAAGCAGACCUCCAAGUCAACCCGUCAGCGUCAAAGUCAAACACCAUGACGACCGCAUCACGUUGCGUCGGCUCACAGAUGAGGAGGCAGCGCGUGAGCAACGCCGGCGAAGACGAUCAGCUUCCGCGAGUAGUGCUUCAGGAGCUGAGUCUGGUGGGCGUCGCCGCUACCGAAGGGAUUCGAGCUCUCGUCGCCAGGCUGAGGAGGCAGCAGAACACAUGACCAACGAACCCCUUUCGCCGCCGACGCCUGCGUUCGCUGGUGGGCGGCGUCAAACCUAUGCGAAGGACUCAGCGUACUACUCGGGAGGAGCUGGGCCCGCGCCGUCAGGCCAAGCUCCGGUUACACCCGUGCAUGGCAACCCGACUGUUUCUAGUAUUGGCAGUCAUGGUACAUGGAGUGCGAUGAGUCCUUCUCCCAGUGGGCCGACUGGUCCCUCUGCUGCAGGCUCUGUCUCAGUUUCAGCAGCAGACAGGCGCAGACGGAGACGAUUGGAGAGGAGGGAUAGCAGACCGGCGGUAGGGACAGUUGAUUUCGACUAA